AUGGGGAUCAUAUCGACGUUGCAACAACAGUGCCGAGAUUGGGCGACCCUUGCCGUUGUUGUAUUGGCGUUGGCUAUACUCGUUCCGUCAAUUGUGGCUGCUUUCAAGCCAGGUCUCAGAUCAAUUCCAGGGCCCCUUCUCGCUCGAUUUUCACCUUUUUAUCGACUUGUGAAGCUAUCCAAAGGCGAUGCACCGGUCUACUAUCGGAAGCUUCACAAUAAAUACGGUCCUAUCGUACGCACUGGACCUAAUACUGUAGACAUUUCCGACUCAAAAGCAGUUCCAAUCAUAUACGGGAUCAACAGCAAAUUUUUCAAGUCUGCCUUCUAUGACACCUUCAGCCCCUUCUUUGAAGACAAAGUCAUGCCGAGCAUGUUUACGGUCAGGGAUCCAGUGGCGCAUCAAGCUCUGCGACGACCGGUGGCCCAAAAGUUCUCUAUGUCUUCGAUCAAGUCUCUCGAGCCAUUUACAGAUGAAUGUACGAAGAUAUUCGUCGAUGCAAUGAAGGAUCUCGAGGGCCAGCAAAUUGACCUUGGAGUCUGGCUACAAUGGUACGCAUUUGAUGUCAUUGGGGCUAUCACAUUCCGACGUCGAUUUGGAUUCAUGGAGAAACGCGAAGACGUACAAAAUAUGAUUGGCGGUCUUGAGUCGGGACUGCAAUAUGCAGGGAUUGUCAGUCAAGUACCAUCCUUGCAUGGGUGGUUGAUGGGUAAUCUUUGGGUUUCAAAGCUUUUGACAGCACAGCCUUUCUUCAAAGUGGCAGAUCCACUUCGGACAAUGGUGGAGAUUACGCAAGAAUGCAUUAAUGAGUAUGACCGUCAGACCCAAAAACAUGGGGAACGACCGGAUUUCCUGGCUUGGCUUCGAAGUGAAGAGAGAAAGGGAAAGCCAAUGUCUAACCGUGACAUGAUGAACCAUCUCAGCAACAAUCUACUUGCAGGUAGCGAUACCACGGCUAUCUCGCUCCGCGCGAUUAUUUACUAUCUUCUUCAAAAUCGAUCAGCCUACAAGAAACUACAGAAGGAAGUAGAUGAUGCAGAUAACAACGGGAAACUAUCACCUUACAUCACAUACGCCGAGUGUCUCGAGCUUCCUUACCUACAAGCGGCAAUGAAAGAAGCAAUGCGAUGUCAUCCGGGAGUAUCAUACCCCCUCGAGAGGGUUGUUCCUGAAGGCGGGACCCUGCUUUGUGGCACCCAUCUCGAGGCUGGUACAAUCGUCGGGGUGAACGCUGCCGUGAUUCAUCACGACAAAUCUAUCUUCGGCGAAGAUGCCGCAUCAUUCCGACCAGAGAGGUGGAUUGAAUCUCACGAAGAGAAGAUUAAGCUGAUGGAUCGGCAUUUGAUGACUUUCGGCUAUGGAUCUCGAACGUGUAUUGGGAAGAACAUCUCUAUUAUGGAAAUGGGAAAACUCGUUCCACUUUUAAUUCGUCAUUUUGAAAUUGAGUGGGCGUCUGACGAGCCAGAGUGGCGUGUUGAAACUUAUUGGUUUGCUAAGCAACACGGCUUGAAAUGCCGGAUGCGUUCUCGGGAUGUUCCUGCUAAGCUAGGGUUCUAA